AUGAUUGAAGGCAGGAACGUUGUGUUACGUGAUCAUUUCGUCUGUGUGUUGUUUUUGAGAGGAGAAUUGCUUCCAUUAAGCAUAGCACACGUUUUCAUAAUAUUGAGUUUAUGUUUUGAUUCACUUGACCCCAUUUCUUCUGAGUAUUCUGCGGGUAACACUGCGAGUUUCACAAAAGAAAUUGUGUUAGGACAAACAGAGAGGGUAAUUAACAUUAUAUUAGCAUUUAGUCAUUUCGUUGAGUGCCUCAAUUUUUAG